AACCAUAUUUCGUUCUUCAGCCCAAAUCUCUCUCUCUCUCUCUCUCUCUCUCUCUCUCUCUCUCUCUCUCUCUCUCUCUCUCUUCUCGAUAAUAAAAUAUAUAAUUAAAUUAUUCACACAGCCUCAAGCUCGUCUCUCUUCGCGACGCCCAAAUCUCGAAUGAUUGUUUAGGGUUUUUGUGUUGGUUGAGAAAGUUAGAUAGAAAAUGAGCUCUUUCUCGAUUACGAGGAAGAAGACGCCGUUUCAGAAGCAUCGAGAAGAGGAGGAAGCUAAGAAAAAGAGGGCGGAGGAUGAAACAGCGCGGUUAUAUGCGGAGUUUGUGGAGUCGUUCCAGGAUGAUAGUGUGCCGGGGUCUAAGACGUUUGUUAGAGGAGGGACGAUUAAUCCUAAUGACAAGCUGAAGACGGAUACUGAAGGUGGAAAUUCCAAAGAUGGGGUAUCUGGUUCCAAGAAGGGGAGUAGGUAUGUUCCAUCUUUCUUACCACCUCCAAUGGCAACCAAGGGAAAAGAUUUUGAGAAAAAGAAGGAGGAUGAGAGGCCUAAGGAAAAAGAGAAAGGGAAAUCUCGGAAUAUUGAUCAUUUUAUGGAAGAAUUAAAGCACGAGCAAGAAAUGAGGGAACGGCGCAACCAAGAGCGUGAACACUGGCGUGAUGGUCGUCAUACUGAUAACUCUUCUCUGUCCAGCAGAUUUGAUGAGCUGCCUGAUGAUUUUGAUCCCAGUGGUAAGCCUGGCUCAUUUGAUGAUGGAGAUCCACAAACAACAAAUCUAUAUGUGGGGAAUCUUGCGCCCCAGGUAGAUGAGAGUUUUCUUCUCCGUACUUUUGGAAGAUUUGGACCUAUUGCCAGUGUGAAAAUAAUGUGGCCCAGAACAGAAGAGGAACGUAGACGACAAAGAAACUGUGGGUUUGUAGCUUUUAUGAACAGAGCGGAUGGACAGGCUGCUAAAGAUGAGAUGCAAGGGGUUAUUGUUUAUGAAUAUGAGUUAAAGAUUGGGUGGGGCAAAUCUGUUUCCCUUCCAUCACAAGCGCUGCCUGCUCCACCUCCAGGACAUAUGGCUAUCAGGAGUAAAGAGGGUGCAACUGUCAUCUUAUCUGGUCCAUCCGGCCCUCCUGUGACUUCAGUACCGAGCCAGAACUCUGAAUUGGUUCUUACUCCUAAUGUGCCAGAUAUAAAGGUUACUCUUCCUGAAGAUGAUCAUCUUCGCCAUGUAAUCGAUACAAUGGCUCUCUACAUUCUGGAUGGAGGUUGCGCUUUUGAGCAAGCUAUUAUGGAGAGAGGCCGCGGAAAUCCUCUUUUCUCGUUUUUGUUUGAACUUGGAUCGAAGGAGCAUACCUACUAUGUCUGGAGGUUGUACUCCUUUGCGCAGGGUGAUACACUUCAGCGCUGGCGAACUGAGCCUUUUAUCAUGAUAACCGGUAGCGGGAGAUGGAUUCCCCCUCCUCUGCCAAUUGCUAAAAGCCCAGAGCUUGAAAAGGAGUCUGGAUCUACAUAUGCUGCUGGUAGAAGCAGGCGUAUAGAGCCCGAACGGACACUUACUGAUUCUCAAAGAGAUGAAUUUGAAGAUAUGCUGCGGGCCUUGACUUUAGAAAGAAGUCAGAUAAAAGAAGCUAUGGGCUUUGCUCUGGAUAAUGCUGAUGCCGCUGGAGAGAUUGUUGAAGUUUUGACAGAGUCUUUGACUCUAAAAGAAACUCCUAUUCCUACUAAAGUUGCUAGGCUCAUGCUUGUCUCGGACAUCCUUCACAAUAGCAGUGCUCCUGUAAAAAAUGCAUCUGCUUAUCGCACCAAAUUUGAAGCAACUUUACCAGAUAUAGUGGAGAGCUUCAAUGACUUGUAUCGUAGUAUAUCGGGCAGGAUUACUGCCGAGGCACUUAAGGAACGAGUUCUCAAGGUUCUUCAAGUAUGGGCGGACUGGUUUCUCUUUUCAGAUGCAUAUGUGAAUGGAUUACGUGCCACUUUUCUUAGAUCCGGGAGUGGUGGGGUAGUUCCUUUUCAUUCCAUAUGUGGUGAUGCACCAGAGUUAGAAAAGAAAAUAAACCCUGGUGAUACAAGUGAUGCAAUAAAGACCAAUCAAGAUGCAGCACUGGCAAUGGGAAAGGGAGCAGCCACACAGGAACUCUUAAAUCUUCCAAUUGGCGAGCUUGAAAGACGCUGCAGGCAUAAUGGAUUAUCUCUUGUAGGUGGUAGAGAAACAAUGGUUGCAAGAUUGCUUUAUCUGGAGGAGGCAGAAAAACAGAGGGGCUAUGAACUAAACGAUGACUUGAAAUAUGCUCAGAUUCAUUCAAGUUCUGGUAGGUAUGCAGGUGGGCAGAAAGAAACAAUUACUGAGAUGGAGUCUGCGGGGUCUUCAGCAUUGAUUCGUAACAGGGUAGAUGAGUUGCCAUCACAAGGUAAAGGAUCUGGUAUAUUGGCUCCUACCAUUCCCAUACCGCAACCUGAAUUAAGAGCGUUUACAGAUAAAGGUAGAAAUGAACCCAUGCUAACAGCCUCUAAGUGGGCAAGAGAUGACGAUGAAAGGGACGACGAACAGAAUACAAGUACUAGGGAUCUUGGGCUAACAUAUUCAUCUUCUGGGAGUGAGAAUGCUAAUGAUGAGAUUCACAAGUCUGUUGAGGUGGACAUGACAACUGAUGCAAGUGUUCUGGUGCAUCCUGAUACUGGGAUUACUGAAGAACAAAGACAAAUAUUAAGACGUAUUGAAGUUUCUUUAAUUGAGUAUCGGGAAUCCCUUGAGGAUCGGGGAAUAAAAGAUGUCGCGGAAAUCGAGAAGAAGGUCGCAAUCCAUCGAAAGCAUCUGGAGUCGGAAUUUGGAUUAGUACAUUCUAAUGAAAAUGCUCCAAUCAGCAAAAAACCAUCGUCAGAUAGAAGGGAGAGACGAGAUGAGUCUCGUGAAUCAUCAAGAAAGCGUACUCGCAGUCAUAGCAGAAGCAGAAGCCCUCAGCGAAAAUCAAGUAGAGACAAGGAAAGGGAAAAUGAGGGUGACAGAGAUAAAGAAAGACACCGGGACAGAGCCCAUGAGUUGGAAAGUGAAAGACGAAGGGAUCGGGAGAAGAGUGGAAGCAGGGAAAGGGAUGAUGGCAGGGACAAGGGUCGAGAAAGAGACAGGGAUAGAAGGAGAAGAAUGAAAUGAGUUACUCUCACGAGGUCUCGAAGCAAGUUCAAGUUGUACUAGGAUGAGAAUUUCAGUACCAAUAAUCCUAGUGCUUUCAGAUUUCACUGCCCUUACUGUUGUAUCUCUUUAUUCAAUUUUCGUGUUGCAACCUUAUUAUGAUUCUGGCUUGUGGAUGAUCUCAAGAGGAUCUACUUAGAUAGAAAAGGUUGGGCACUGAUAACAGGGACAUGAGUUGAUAGAUAUUCUAAAUUUUAUGUGAUCAAUUAUGCUUCA